CACACACAAUAACAUCGACAUCCAUCCAUCCAUCCAUCCAUCCAUUUUUAGCUUUUUACCCAACAAUUGUUUCUUUUUCUAAAUCAAACUUCAAAUCAUCAUUCAUCAACAAAAACAGAGAAAAAGGAAGGACCUUUUUCAUUGGUGAGAUUCAUAUUCAACAAACCCAAUCCAAUAGAUCAGAGAAUCAAAACCCAGUUGGAUCAACGACAUGUCGUGUUCAUCUUCAUCAGGGUCAGAGGAUGACGAUGAGGGCAUCGACUCCUACAGAAAAGGAGGCUACCAUGCCGUCAGGGUCGGCGAUCAGUUCGCCGGCGGCCGCUACGUCGCUCAGAGGAAGCUAGGUUGGGGUCAGUUCUCCACCGUCUGGCUCGCAUACGACACCACCACCUCUACGUAUGUGGCUCUUAAGAUUCAGAAAAGCGCAGCACAGUUUGCUCAAGCUGCUCUUCAUGAGAUUGAAGUUCUUUCUAAUAUUGCGGAUGGUGACCCCACAAACUCCAAGUGUGUUGUGCGACUGAUAGACCAUUUUAAGCACGCAGGCCCAAAUGGGCAGCAUCAGUGUAUGGUCCUUGAGUUUCUUGGUGAUAGCUUACUUCGGCUGAUCAAAUAUAAUCGUUACAAGGGCCUUAAAUUGAAUAAAGUUAGGGAGAUCUGCAAAUGCAUAUUGAUAGGUCUGGAUUAUUUGCAUAGAGAACUUGGUAUCAUUCACACUGACCUAAAACCUGAAAACAUUCUUCUAUUUACCACCAUUGAUCCUGCCAAAGAUCCAGUCAGGUCUAGCCUCACCCCAAUUCUUGAAAGGCCUGAAGGGAACCUGAAUGGUGGAGCCACCAUGAAUCUUAUUGAGAAAAAGUUGAAAAGGAGGGCAAGGCGGGCAGUUGCUAAGAUUUCCAUGAGAAGAGAAUCUAUGGGAGGAGUUGAAGCUCCGAAGUCUGAAAGAAACAUGGAUGGGAUUGAUGUAAGGUGCAAGGUUGUUGAUUUCGGAAAUGCCUGUUGGGCUAACAAGCAACUCGCAGAAGAGAUUCAAACAAGGCAGUAUAGAGCUCCCGAAGUUGUACUGCAAUCUGGUUAUUCCUACUCAGUUGAUAUGUGGUCAUUUGCUUGCACUGCCUUCGAGCUUGCAACUGGUGACAUGUUGUUUGCUCCAAAGAUGGGACAAGGCUUUAGUGAGGAUGAGGAUCACCUUGCUUUGAUGAUGGAACUCCUUGGAAAGAUGCCUCGAAAGAUAGCAAUUGCAGGAGCUCGUUCCAAGGAUUUCUUCGACAGACAUGGGGAUCUAAAAAGAAUUCGAAGGCUGAAAUUUUGGCCACUUGAUAAAAUACUGAUUGAUAGAUACAAAUUUUCUGAGACUGAUGCUCGGGAAUUUGCAGAAUUCCUUUGUCCCAUUUUCGAUUUCUCACCGGAGAAGCGGCCAACUGCUCAGCAGUGCCUGCAACACCCGUGGCUCAAUCGCGGUACUUCGAGCCAUACUGAGAUGAAAAAUAAAUCUAAUAUGGAGAAGGUGAAUGUCGGGAUGAGCAACCUUCAGAUUAAGGUUGGCAAGUGAAGAAAGGAAUGAAGGAUCUGUCACCUACCACACUAUGUUAACGCUUCCAAACACUCCUCCACACCACAUUGUGACAAUUGAUUAUGAAUUAAUUUUGUUUGUUACUCAUCUAAUAAGAUUCUUAUUAUUAUUUUAUUAACUAUAACUAUAAGAGAUGUAAAUUAGUAAUGAUUUUUGUGCGAAAAAUUACAGUCAAGAGUUCAGAUAGAGGAAUUCGACUGUCAAAAUGGAUAUGCCCUGGUGGCUUGUAAACUAGCUAAAGCCAGAACAACAAUACACAUCUAUGUUUCCCACAUUUUUAUA